AUGGCCGCCCAGCGCGGACCUAACGAGCAGAGUACCUGCGCCCAGCCAGCCACAUACUUCCUGGGGGCCUUAGACCAGAUCUGUGCAAGCUUCUGGGCCACACUGCAGAGCCGCGGAAUGACCCUCCAGCUGGCGGUGAAAACUGUGGCAUCAUGGGUCCGACCCGCAACGAGACGCCGCUACUACAGAUGCCUGCCUCAAGCUCCCAGGACAGCCAUACGGCGACGCAGAUAUCUGCAAUCCCCACGGCGGGAAAAGGUACCACGAUACUCCCACUCCCAAAUACACAUGAGCGGAAUAGCCUACCAAGCCUCUCAUGCAAGCACCCCACCUCACCUGAAACUCUGCAUCAAGCGCAGCACGACCCAGCCCAUCACUACCAGUGCUGUACACCAAGCAAUUAAGCGGCGGCACAUCCUACAGGUCACUACAAGAGCAGACUCCCACCACAGAAGCACCAAAGACAGGGCACAUCCAGACACCAAGAGAGACUUCCCUCCUGUGG